UUCCAAAAAUCAUUAUUAUUCUAACCGUCUCGACUUUCGUUCACCUAAUCACCUUUCCUCUGAAAGUUUUUCGACCACUGCAUGCAGAGCCGUGAUGGCACAGGGCUCUAGCAAAGGCCAAGUGGACAAAAUUUUGGCUGAGCAACAAAACACUUUUUGCACGCUUUACCCAAAAGCCUCACGGAAAGUUUUUGUUUUGUAAUUGUUCAUGUUGGUUUCUGACUCACUAGGGAAUAGUUUGGCGCUGUCUUUGGAUUUUCUCUCCUGGGGCGCCCUUCCGCGAAAUCCCCCAAACUGCGAUUUCUUCCAUUCAAGUCCAUUUCACAGUGAUUAAAUCAACUGGAUUUCUCCUUAUAAUCAUUUUCCAGUCUAGCCUGUUUGGGUCCGUAAGAUUUUGUUUUUCUCUCGCUCUGGUUUGGUUUUCCUGUUCUCAACCUCUCCUGCAUGCAAAUUCUAGGCAACAGGGUUUCUGGGUUUCUUUGUCAGUGCUGAAUUCUGUGUUAUUCUUGAUGCAUGCAGGUUCUAAGCAGCUUGGCAGCCACUUGAUUCGAUCGAAUUCCCAGAAAUCGUUGAUCUUUUUGGGGCUGGAUACAGUUGAUUAGAAGGCUUCAGAGGUUUGAACCUUCGACCCUUUCCUAUUCCUGUUUUCUGCCUUUUGUAAUUUAUAGUGCCUAUCUUGCUGUGAAUAAUAGUAAACUCGGUUGAAUCUCCAUAAGACCAGUUCUCAUUGGAGGGAAUCUAGGAAACCAAGAGUCUGUUUGUGGAAGAAUAAGUAACAUCAGAAUUAGGCCUCUACAUGCUUUAAUUUGCUCUUUGAUUCCUUUUCUUCUUUCUUUGCCCUUUCUUUUGCCCGAGAUUUCACAUGUUGGAGAUCGUCACAUUAAAGACCCGUCUCUUCCUUCCCUAUUUUUCUCUUUGCUGUGAUCGACAUUGUGUUUGCUUCUUGGCUUGAUUUGGGGUUUCGUUGAGUAACAAACAAAAUCAUUUCUCAGUCGUUUUGUCUGAAAAUGGUAGCAGAAAAACAGCACUGUAAGAGAUUUUGGUUUCGUUUCCGCUCCUGAAAAGUUGUGGUGCAUGAAUUGUUUCCUGAUUCCUUUCUUUGUCAAUUCAGUUUUCUCCUGUCUGGACAUACCUCCACCAAACAUGGUAACAAGAACAGUUGAUCUCCGGUCGGAUACUGUCACCAAGCCUUGCGAGGCGAUGAGAGCUGCAAUGGCAAAUGCUGAGGUUGAUGACAAUGUUCUAGGGAACGACCCAAGCGCCUUGAGGUUGGAGACCGAGAUGGCGAGAAUUACGGGCAAGGAAGCCGCGUUAUUUGUUCCAUCCGGGACGAUGGGCAACCUCAUUAGUGUGCUUGUGCAUUGCGAUGUCAGGGGGAGUGAAGUAAUUCUAGGAGACAAUUCCCACAUCCACAUUUACGAGAAUGGCGGUAUCGCAACGAUUGGAGGUGUCCAUCCAAGGACAGUAAAGAACAAUGAGGAUGGAACUAUGGAUAUAGAUGUGAUUGAGGCCAAGAUAAGAGACCCGAGAGGGCAGCUUGUUUAUCCAACUACCAGGCUCAUCUGUUUGGAGAAUUCACAUGCCAACACUGGCGGGAGAUGCCUAUCUGUGGAGUACACAGACCAAGUAGGAGAAUUGGCAAAGAAGCAUGGGCUGAAGCUUCACAUUGACGGGGCUCGCAUUUUUAAUGCAUCAGUUGCUCUGGGAGUUCCUGUUCAUAGGCUUGUACAGGCAGCAGACUCAGUUUCGAUUUGCUUAUCAAAGGGUUUGGGAGCACCGGUUGGAUCUGUUAUUGUAGGUUCAGAAAGCUUCAUUUCAAAGGCUAAGAUUCUCAGGAAAGCUCUAGGUGGCGGGAUGAGACAGGUCGGCAUCCUUUGCUCUGCUGCAUUAUUUGCAGUUCAAAACAAUGUUGCAAAGCUAGAGAAUGAUCACAAGAAUGCGAAGACACUAGCUGUUGGGCUUAAUGAAAUCAACGGACUGAAAGUGAAUGUCUCCACUGUAGAAACAAACAUCAUAUAUGUCGAUUUAGAGGAGAGCUCCAACCUCACAGCAGAAAAGCUGUACAAGAACUUGCAGCAACAUGGCGUGGUCGUGAUGUUAGAGGGUCCGUACAGCAUAAGGAUUGUCAUUCACCAUCAAAUCUCAGAAACUGAUGUGCAGUACACGCUCUCGUGCUUUAAGCAAGUUUUAAAUGGCGCCAACGUGCACAGCGAAAACGGUAACUAGAGGCGGUGGAGGAAGAAGAAGAUGAAGAAGAAGAAAUUGGCCUCCUCCCAUUUCCCCAUUAUCUGUCUUGUCAUCCCAUCUAAGUUCACUGGGGAAAAUGUCGACCAUACUGGGAAAAGAAAUUGCAUUUUACUUUGCUAUGAUGGUGACCUUUUAGCCUCUCCAUUGGACAUGUGUGGGAGAGGCUAUGUUGUGUGAUGUUUUCGUUCAACUGUUGUAGACUUGUAGAGCUAUUUCCUCUUUGGUCCUGAAAACACAGGGAUAGCCUGAUUCAAUUCACCGCCCAACAUCUGCCGUUUUGCAGGAACGAUCAAUCCUUAACUAGAUCAUGAUAGUUUGAAUUAAUUGCUCACAUAAAAGCGUUCUAGCAUGUCUCAUAUAGCCUGUGAAAAACAAGUAACUUGACAUUAUGUGCCAUACAUGAUCCGCAUCGAUUCAGCUAUAAUGAGUCUCCCACUUUUGAUGUUGAUCUUGAGCAUAUUUAUGAUUUCAUCACCAUCGGAAUUAAAUAUGGAAGGUUGU